AUGGCCGUGCAGCUGAAAGCCUGGCUUGCAGAUACCUUUGAGUGGCAGCUGGUACUGGGCAAUCAUUGGCUCCACGAGAGACACGAGAAGAAGAAAUCAGGCGUCAAGACUGGGCGGGACAGGGCCUGGGAGGGUCUCUAUCACGACAACGGCUCCUGCUUGGACAUUGCAAACUACAUCCACCCCGAAGUCGACAGCCCAUUGCACGUCCUCCAGACUCAGCCCUGGACUCUGACUGACGGCCGAUGCCGCGUAGUUGCCCAUCUCACACCCGACUGCGCUCAAGACUUUGCUAUCCGGUACCCCGCGUUUUCCUGUUUGGCACCCGGUAGCACUGUUGCCGUACGCAGGUAUACAAUCAGAUACACCUCGUACGGGCCGCCGCGCUCAAGGUUUCGUUUCUUGCUUCAUCAGAUUGAUUGGCUAGGCGAAUGUUGCCAGACGGUUUGCGAUUUACACGGUAGAGAAUUGCCGUCUGUAUAUUGCGCGAGUGCAGUUGCUACGGCACAGAAACAGCUGGACGAUACCCGCGCGCGGGAAGACCGUCGAUGCCUGUCGCGUAGUGAGGCACAAGUGGACGACAUCAUGGUUGAUACUAUGGAUGAUGUACAAGACAGCACUACCAAUCCGGCCUCUCAGACGCCCUAUAAUCAGGCAGCGUUUGGGACGCAAGUACAGCAUCCAAUUCGAAUGCGCGCCGACGAACCCCAGGUUAUUGGCGUGACCAGGCUCGAGCCAGUACUGGCAGGGAACACACAACGAGUCGAGAUUCGGAAAGACGAAGCCGAACGGGAGAAAUUGCUCAGCUUACUCGGUAAGAAUCAAAAUCAGAUUCAACGCAGCACAGAUACAUCGUCUCAGCCACGAUUCGUACAGAGCGCAUUUGCUAGAAAGAAAAGUGUCGAUAGAGCAGCAGAGUCGUCCCUAGAGCCAGCAAUCGAAUCAUCAAACCAAGGUGCACGCCGCUCCACAACAGAAGGCAAAGAUGCCGAAGGCCCACCUGCUUUUCCCAAACGUAAGGAAAAUCCCAACAAAGCGGCUUCACUCUCCAUAUCCAGGGGCAGAGAACCCACAGAGUCUGCUCCGGCGGCAGAUAAGGAUGCCCAUGUUGAUUCUGAGGAGAGUUCUACAGCCCCAGAAUGCUCUUGGAUGAAAGGCUUCAUUUUCAAUAGCGAGACUCUCAAGGUAUCUUCGCUGCAACAACAGUGCUUAGCGAAAGACGCAAGCUGGUUGAAGCCUCAGCCCGGUUGUCCACCUUUCCAGGACGGAAAUAUGCCACAAUUAAUUCUCCAAGCACUUCAUAGGAUUGCAGAUGAGCGAGCGAGCGUUCAAGAUGACGGGAACAGCGACGCUGAAUCUGACAUUGACCCUUCACCCGAUAGCGUACCGGUAGGAAUCAACCUCUCUGCAGAAUCGGCACCCCAGACCACUCAGGAUGAUGAUGACUCGAGUGCUGAGGUUUCUUCUUGGGAACCCACUCCAGAGCGACCGCAGAAGCCUGCGAACCCUUACCUGGACCUGCCUCCAGAUUCCAGUGCUGAUAAUCAGAUGCCAGGCACGGAGUCGCCCUCUAAGACACAGUAUAGUCCAUUGAAUAAACGAUCACGUCAUCCUGAAGUCAUUGAUCUCUCUGACGACAAGUCCGCUCAGCCCCAGUCUUCGCCGCCAGUGGCUCAGAAUCCCGCAGACUCUGACGACGACAUGGAAAUGGAGGAAUCUGUGCCACAAGCAUUGGGUGAUGAUGUUGCAGAGAAUGAUAGUCCAUCGAAAAGUAUCCCCGUCGUGUCCAGCCCUAAACCAAACCGAUCGCAAUCGAUUGUUCAGGUUAGGGAAACACCACAUUCCAAAGGUAAAAGGGCACAGUUUUUAGAACAUGUCCCACCCAGUAAACCCAUUUCAAAGCAAGCGCAAAACUCCAGCGGUGAGAGUAAAGAUACGUCUUCCACCUCCGUCAUCCAGAGUACUUACGACAUGCCGGACGCUGCAAGUUCUGUUGAGAUUGCGCCAAGUCACACGGAUAAGGCAAAACCCCCGCUAAAACAACAAGCCAGAGGCCCACAAGAGGGAGCAGAGAUGCAUGGUCGAGUGGCUAGACAUACAAUUAGCCGUAGUCGUGGAGAUGUGCAGAUGCGUGAUGGGGCUCUGGAUACGGAAGCGACGGCUAGUAUAGCUGUUAUUGAAGGGAAUCUGCGAGUUUCAGAAGACUUGCUCGUCAAAGAGGAAUCCACCUUGAUUUCAAAUGAGACCCUAGAGUCUACAAAAUCGCCACACAAGGAAUCCUAUUCUGAACUCCCAUUAAACACACCUCAGCCCACAUCAGGAUCGACCAAACGCAAGCUCCAAGUGUCACCAACAAAGAGCAAUCAAAGGCACACAAAGCGAAGGGAGAUCAAGAUUGUCGGCUUCGGAGACAACUCGCCUGUUACAGUUGAUCCAGUUGCCAGGUUGCGUGAGGAGCGGGAAGAGUCUCUUCGUAGAUUUCGAGAAAACAGAAAUUCGAGCACAAGUUUCGAGAGCCGGCCCGAAACUUCAAGAGCUAUUGUGGAGGAACAUGACGCUGGUGCUAUGGAUCUGGAUAGCGCGGAUAGGCCCGACAACGGAAUGAGAUCUAUCAGUAGAUCACCCCGACACCAGAGCCUGUAUGCCGACCCAAGUCCCGUACCUGUACACCGAACUGGAUCUACUCAGUCACGGCGGUUGUAUGAAGAAGCUCAGUCGAGAGAAGAAGCGCAGAUCUCACCAGCUAACAAGUACCCGACUCAGAGCAAGCAGCCUCGAGGCGCUUCUAUCCUAUCUGACCAAGGCAGCCAUAUGACAGUCUUUGACUCCUUCAAAGCCGCGUACCCCGAAUACAAGGGCGAUACAAAGCACUUCCACAACCAAUGCAAGCAAAUCUACAUAUUGGAUUUGGAAGACAAGAUGGUGCCAAAAUGGCAAUGGGACGACUUCAUCAUCCGCAACCGAACAGACUACCGUGACUACGCCAUGGAGUGUCUCGAUCGCGGAGAAAACGCUGAACCCUACCACCGUUUCUACAAAGAUUGCAUCCGCGACACUCUGUACCGCAAAGGUAUCAUCGAAGGUAGAAUGACACUGGAAAAAGCGUUCGAAGAAGCCGAUAUUGUACUCGAAGAGUUAGAUACUGCAAUCAGCCCACCAAGAAAACAAGUACCAACGCGAAAAUCACUUCCCAGCUCUUUUAACAAAAUCAGAAAAUCUCGCCAAGAUCAUAUAACCAGUUCGCACGCUCGACCUCGUCAAUCACUCCCAUCAAGCUCCCACGCGCACCCCUCCGCAUCAAAACAUGCCCGCCCACAAGCACAAACAAGGCUUGCUCGUGAAAUCAGUCCUCCCAAUCGAGCAGAAGCCUCCAAGUCCACCGGUGACCCCUUCCGCGACUAUGUUUACGCUAUCCAACGAGGUACUUCUUGGACUGGAAGUAACAAGGUCGAUCCGAAUAAACCUUGGCUUAGGAAUCUAGAGUGCAGACCGAGUAUCGAGGACGCGCGCCGAAACGGAAGGUAGAUGUUUUGCUAUGGAGUGAUGUUUUAGAUACGGAAAAGUGAUGAAAGUCGCAUCUGUUGGUUUGUGAAAAUUUGCGUACACAGAUGUUGUUUGUAUUCAUUUUUAGAUAAAAGAUUUGGGGGGGGAUGGAUCCGUCAGAGUUGAGAGGGAAAAGACGUGUGUGGAUACCCAGAAAAGCACCUUUAGAUUCAACCUUGUUGAAGGGGAGAAUAAAAGUUUAAUAGGAAAAAGAAGACUGAGAUAUAUAUGUGUACUUGUGCUACACGAAAA